GGACCUGACCGUACAAGCAAAGCGGAAAGAAAAUGGCGGCCGUGGCUGCGGAGCCAGGAGCUGCUGCGGCAUCAACAACAACAGCGGGGAACAGUGGUGAUUUCGAACCGGAACCGGUGCCGGAGGUCAAAAUCGACUCCGAUGCGACGCAGGAGUACGCACCAGUAAUGGACCAUGUUCACCAACUCGAGGAUGGGGAUGCAGUUCAGGAAUGCAACCAGGUCCAAAUGGAGCUAGUGAGCAGGCCAGACCUAGAAGCAGCGGGAAAAGCCCUCGCUGCUAGUGCAGAGGAUGAACAGAUCGAUGCAGGCUGUCUUGGGGUCGGUGUAGAAAAAACGGAGAACCAUGCUCUCGAGGGCUUUGGUUCCAAAUACACCAUGUCGCGAGCGGAACGUUUGAAACAGUUUUUUUCGCCGAAUGUUGAACCUGCAAACGAGGUCAGUAAGCACGAGCCCUACGCCUGCCUUCAGAAUAGCCCCAUCUCCGAUUCACAGCCAUCGGUGGUCUUUUUGCAUUCGUUCCCUGCGCAACCUGUGGCUACGGAGGCUGGGCUGUCGUUAGCAGAACCAGCAGAACCCAUUAUAGAUUACGAUAAGAACCCAGAAUUAACCCAACCUACUAAUAUCGAGUGUGACUAUAGAGCUUUAAUUAAACCGUCUCACGAGGCUGAACUGGAUCCCGAACCCGCAGAUGAAUUUCCUUCUGUCUCCGAGUACAAGAAUGACGACCCCUCAGAAGCUGCUUCGCUUGAACGUCCCCAGUCCAUAGACCACGUCGACUUUCUACCAAUUCUAGAGAGGGAACCAGUCCUCGGGACACCCGUGGAGGCUGGUUACAUGUGUGACUUUUCGAGCAUAACAACCCAGAACAUUCCGAGACCCGAGGUUCCUCUAAUGCCAGUGGACCAGGUACCCUCCUCGGCAGAACUUGGAGACUCGUGCUCACCACAGAGGUUCGAAACGAAUUUCGAUGAAAGCGAUCCAGUAUCGAAACCCUCUCCCCCUGUGUCUGGUGCUGAAACUGAAGAGCUACAGCCUGAGUCUGUGCACAACCUGAUACCUGGGUCCGAGGUACGAGUAUCUCUGGAUCACAUAAUCGACGACGCACUGGUGGUGUCCUUUCAGUUAGGCAAGAAAAUCUUCUCCGGGGUUCUGAUGGACCUAUCUAAAAGGUUUGGACCCUAUGGAAUUCCAAUCACUCUGUUCCCGGAGAGAGAAUACAAGGAGAAACCCGAAUCUAUGCAGCUAAAGACGGAACAACACCAGCCAGAGACCGAGAAUGUGGAAACGCCAGUCCAGGAAAACACCGAUGGCCAAGUCGCCACAGUGCCCGAACUGAACCCUGACCCCCAGCCUAACCCAUGGACUUCAAAACCUCCCCCACUGUUUCAGGAAGGCGCCCCUUACCCUCCCCCUUUGUUCAUCAGGGACACCUACAACCAGUCGAUACCUCAGCCACCUCCCCGCAAGAUCAGGCGGCCCAAGCGCAGGCUGUACCGCGAGGAGCCCACCUCCAUCAUGAAUGCCAUCAAGUUGCGGCCCCGUCAGGUGCUCUGUGACAAGUGCAAGGGCACUGUCACGACAGUGGACAAGAGGGAGCCACGCAGAGGCCCCGUAUCGGACUCUAGGAGCGAGGAUGCCAAGCGGAGACGCAACGACAGCGCUGUCAGCAAGCGGCCGCGCAAUGACCCCCGCUCAGAGGAGAAGAGCCGUGCUGCUGAGGUGGCCAAACGGCAGGUCUCCUCUUCUUCCUCCUCUCUGGGCCAGGUGAAGGGCGGAGCUGGAGGGAACAGGGUUCUGAGGGCGACCUCCACCACAACAUCAUCACCGGUGAACAGCGGCUCCAGAGUCCAGCUCAAUGCCAAGAAAGUGCUGCAGAGCAAAAAUGUUGAUCACUCCAAGGCCCGCGAGGUGCUGAAACUGGCCAAGGCCCAGAAGAGGCAGAGGGAGACUACGGUAGUCACUGACAGCAGUGGCAACGCCAAGACGAUGACGAGGGCAGCCGCCCUGCAGGAGGCCCACGCACACCAGAAGGUCCACUUCACCCGGCGGCUGCAGCAGAUCAGCGGGGUGGGACCAAGCAGCGCCACCCCUCUGCCACCCAGGAUGCGCAUCAAGCCCCAAAGGUACCGUAAUGAAGAGAACGACUCUUCUACAUGUAAGCCGCCUUGCCUGGAGAAAGUGCCGGGAAGUGGCUGUUUGUCCCCUCCAAAGCCAGACGCGCCCCACUGCACCGCCACAUGCUCCUCCUCCUCCUCCUCCUCCUCCUGCUCCACAGGCCAGGCCGCUGCUGCUGAAAGCCAGGGCCCAGAUAACGGGCCUGAACCUGAGGUUUGUCCUCAGCCCCAAGUGGAGCCCCCCACAGCCACGGAGCACGGUGACCCCAAGGCGGAGCCGGAGGAGCAGGGGGGGCAGGAGGAGAGGCGGGAGACGCGUGGCAGCAAGGCUGGCAACCUUGUCGUUUUCAUGAACCUUAACCCCGGCCAGCCGGACUCCUCUAAUACCUCUAUGUGCAGCGUUGAUAGUGCAGACGACUUAAAGUCCUCGGACUCAGAGUGUAGCUCUACGGAGAGCUUUAACUUUCCCCCUCCCGGUCGCCCCUCGCCCCCCGUCCCCGGCACGUCCUCAGCGGUCGCUGACCCGUCGCCUGCCCCGACGGAAGAGAAAAAGCCCUGUAAAUCUCAGAAAGUGUUUUCUAAAAAUGUGUCUAAGUGUGUCUCUCUGGAGGGCAGGACCAUUUGCGUAGGGGACAUUGUUUGGGCCAAAAUAUAUGGUUUUCCCUGGUGGCCAGCCCGCGUCUUAGGCAUCCAGAUCAGUCGUAAAGAUAAUGGGCUCUUAGUCAGGCAGGAGGCCCGUGUCGCCUGGUUCGGAUCACCCACCACCUCCUUCCUGGCUCUUGCACAGGUCGCCCCUUUUCUAGAAAGCUUCCAGUCACGCUUUGACAAGAAGAGAAAGGGCUUGUACCGUAAAGCCAUCACAGAGGCAGCCAAGGCUGCCAAGCAGCUCACUCCCGAGGUUCGCGCCUUGCUUACACAAUUCGAGACGUGAGGUGGUGUGCUUUGGGGGAAAAGGAAAGGUAGGCAAAAAAUGGCACCCACUUUCGUCCCCCCCCUGCAUCUCUCCCCUGCUCGUCACCUACAGGGCCCCCUCACCUUCCAGGGAGAAAGAAACUAAAUAUUUCAGGCCAGAACACAACCAGUAAUCUUUUUUUUGUAUGCUUGAAAAGGGACUGGAUGGUAUGGGGUUAUGAACCUUGCUGGGUAAAUAAGGAUGGCAGUGUAUUUUUACUUUAUCCUAUAUCAAGGAUCACCUUUUCCAACCUGGUGGAAAUCUGGUAAUUGUAUAUUUUAGGAGCAUUUUUAUUCACUGGUCAGUGAUUUGGAAUAUUCUCAUUUUACUUCUUAAAUUGAAGCCUUUAAAUGUCACUCUUUGUGCAAAGAAACUUACGUCAUGUUUUAACACCGCGGGCUCAUAGGUUGAUCGAUCGAGUUCCGUUGCCAAUUGUCAAAAUCUUAGAGACAAAAGGGUAUUUCUUUCAGUCUAUGCAACAAACGGUUCAGUGUCAGAUACUGUGAAUGGAAAGAUACAGGAUCUGAACAAGAGUAGAUAUUAUGUAUCUGUACGGGUGGAAGACAUGCCGUAGCUGUGAUGUGACCAGGAAGUGGACACUUGUGGAUUUGAAGAGAGCAGGCAUAUAGGGGCUCAUGUAUCUGCUGUACCUCGGACAUAGUCAUAGCUGCCUGGCUAUGGGAGCUGCCUGCCAGGACUUUCCAGACAGGUGAGCCUUGGUAGUGAGGCGCCUUUAAGCCAGACAGGUGAGCCUUGGUAGUGAGGCGCCUUUAAACCAGACAGGUGAGCCGGGGUGGUGAGGAGCCUUUAAACCAGACAGGUGAGCCGGGGUGGUGAGGAGCCUUUAAACCAGACAGGUGAGCCUUGGUAGUGAGGAACCUUUAAACCAGACAGGUGAGCCGGGGUGGUGAGGAGCCUUUAAACCAGACAGGUGAGCCUUGGUAGUGAGGAACCUUUAAACCAGACAGGUGAGCCUUGGUAGUGAGGCGCCUUUAAACCAGACAGGUGAGCCUUGGUAGUGAGGCGCCUUUAAACCAGACAGGUGAGCCGGGGUGGUGAAGGAGCAUUUAAACCAGACAGGUGAGCCGGGGUGUUGAGGAGCCUUUAAACCAGACAGGUGAGCCGGGGUGGUGAAGGAACCUUUAAACCAGACAGGUGAGCCGGAGUGGUGAGGCGCCUUUAAGCCAGACAGGUGAGCCUUGGUAGUGAGGCGCCUUUAAGCCAGACAGGUGAGCCUUGGUAGUGAGGCGCCUUUAAACCAGACAGGUGAGCCUUGGUAGUGAGGAACCUUUAAACCAGACAGGUGAGCCUUGGUAGUGAGGCGCCUUUAAACCAGACAGGUGAGCCUUGGUAGUGAGGAGCCUUUAAACCAGACAGGUGAGCCGGGGUGGUGAAGGAGCAUUUAAACCAGACAGGUGAGCCUUGGUAGUGAGGCGCCUUUAAACCAGACAGGUGAGCCUUGGUAGUGAGGCGCCUUUAAACCAGACAGGUGAGCCGGGGUGGUGAAGGAGCAUUUAAACCAGACAGGUGAGCCUUGGUAGUGAGGCGCCUUUAAACCAGACAGGUGAGCCUUGGUAGUGAGGCGCCUUUAAACCAGACAGGUGAGCCGGGGUGGUGAAGGAGCAUUUAAACCAGACAGGUGAGCCGGGGUGGUGAGGAACCUUUAAACCAGACAGGUGAGCCUUGGUAGUGAGGCGCCUUUAAACCAGACAGGUGAGCCGGGGUGGUGAAGGAGCAUUUAAACCAGACAGGUGAGCCGGGGUGUUGAGGAGCCUUUAAACCAGACAGGUGAGCCGGGGUGGUGAAGGAACCUUUAAACCAGACAGGUGAGCCGGGGUGGUGAAGGAGCAUUUAAACCAGACAGGUGAGCCGGGGUGGUGAGGAACCUUUAAACCAGACAGGUGAGCCGGGGAGGUGAGGAACCUUUAAACCAGACAGGUGAGCCGGAGUGGUGAGGAACCUUUAAACCAGACAGGUGAGCCUUGGUAGUGAGGCGCCUUUAAACCAGACAGGUGAGCCUUGGUAGUGAGGAGCCUUUAAACCAGACAGGUGAGCCGGGGUGGUGAGGAGCAUUUAAACCAGACAGGUGAGCCUUGGUAGUGAGGCGCCUUUAAACCAGACAGGUGAGCCUUGGUAGUGAGGAGCCUUUAAACCAGACAGGUGAGCCGGGGUGGUGAGGAGCAUUUAAACCAGACAGGUGAGCCUUGGUAGUGAGGCGCCUUUAAACCAGACAGGUGAGCCUUGGUAGUGAGGAGCCUUUAAACCAGACAGGUGAGCCGGGGUGGUGAAGGAGCAUUUAAACCAGACAGGUGAGCCGGGGUGGUGAAGGAGCAUUUAAACCAGACAGGUGAGCCUUGGUAGUGAGGCGCCUUUAAACCAGACAGGUGAGCCGGGGUGGUGAGGAGCCUUUAAACCAGACAGGUGAGCCGGGGUGGUGAGGAACCUUUAAACCAGACAGGUGAGCCGGAGUGGUGAGGAACCUUUAAACCAGACAGGUGAGCCGGAGUGGUGAGGAACCUUUAAACCAGACAGGUGAGCCUUGGUAGUGAGGCGCCUUUAAACCAGACAGGUGAGCCGGGGAGGUGAGGAACCUUUAAACCAGACAGGUGAGCCGGAGUGGUGAGGAACCUUUAAACCAGACAGGUGAGCCUUGGUAGUGAGGCGCCUUUAAACCAGACAGGUGAGCCUUGGUAGUGAGGCGCCUUUAAACCAGACAGGUGAGCCGGGGAGGUGAGGAACCUUUAAACCAGACAGGUGAGCCUUGGUAGUGAGGCGCCUUUAAACCAGACAGGUGAGCCUUGGUAGUGAGGAGCCUUUAAACCAGACAGGUGAGCCGGGGUGGUGAAGGAGCAUUUAAACCAGACAGGUGAGCCGGGGUGGUGAAGGAGCAUUUAAACCAGACAGGUGAGCCGGAGUGGUGAGGAACCUUUAAACCAGACAGGUGAGCCUUGGUAGUGAGGCGCCUUUAAACCAGACAGGUGAGCCUUGGUAGUGAGGAGCCUUUAAACCAGACAGGUGAGCCGGGGUGGUGAGGAACCUUUAAACCAGACAGGUGAGCCUUGGUAGUGAGGCGCCUUUAAACCAGACAGGUGAGCCUUGGUAGUGAGGAGCCUUUAAACCAGACAGGUGAGCCGGGGUGGUGAGGAGCAUUUAAACCAGACAGGUGAGCCUUGGUAGUGAGGAACCUUUAAACCAGACAGGUGAGCCUUGGUAGUGAGGAGCCUUUAAACCAGACAGGUGAGCCGGGGUGGUGAAGGAGUAUUUAAACCAGACAGGUGAGCCGGGGUGUUGAGGAGCCUUUAAACCAGACAGGUGAGCCGGGGUGGUGAGGAGCCUUUAAACCAGACAGGUGAGCCGGGGUGGUGAAGGAGCAUUUAAACCAGACAGGUGAGCCGGGGUGGUGAGGAGCCUUUAAACCAGACAGGUGAGCCGGGGUGGUGAGGAGCCUUUAAACCAGACAGGUGAGCCGGGGUGGUGAGGAACCUUUAAACCAGACAGGUGAGCCGGGGUGGUGAGGAGCCUUUAAACCAGACAGGUGAGCCGGGGUGGUGAGGAGCCUUUAAACCAGACAGGUGAGCCGGGGUGGUGAGGAACCUUUAAACCAGACAGGUGAGCCGGGGUGGUGAGGAGCCUUUAAACCAGACAGGUGAGCCGGGGUGGUGAGGAGCCUUUAAACCAGACAGGUGAGCCGGGAUGGUGAGGAGCCUUUAAACCAGACAGGUGAGCUGGGGUGGUGAGGAGCAUUUAAACCAGACAGGUGAGUCUUGGUAGUGAGGAACCUUUAAACCAGACAGGUGAGCCGGGGUGGUGAGGAGCCUUUAAACCAGACAGGUGAGCCGGGGUGGUGAGGAGCCUUUAAACCAGACAGGUGAGCCGGGGUGGUGAGGAGCCUUUAAACCAGACAGGUGAGCCGGGGUGGUGAGGAGCCUUUAAACCAGACAGGUGAGCCGGGGUGGUGAGGAGCCUUUAAACCAGACAGGUGAGCCGGGGUGGUGAGGAGCCUUUAAACCAGACAGGUGAGCCGGGGUGGUGAGGAACCUUUAAACCAGACAGGUGAGCCGGGAUGGUGAGGAGCCUUUAAACCAGACAGGUGAGCCGGGGUGGUGAGGAGCCUUUAAACCAGACAGGUGAGCCGGGGUGGUGAGGAGCCUUUAAACCAGACAGGUGAGCCGGGGUGGUGAGGAACCUUUAAACCAGACAGGUGAGCCUUGGUAGUGAGGCGCCUUUAAACCAGACAGGUGAGCCUUGGUAGUGAGGCGCCUUUAAGCCAGACAGGUGAGCCUUGGUGGUGAGGAACCUUUAAACCAGACAGGUGAGCCGGGGUGGUGAGGAGCCUUUAAACCAGACAGGUGAGCCGGGGUGGUGAGGAACCUUUAAACCAGACAGGUGAGCCGGGAUGGUGAGGAACCUUUAAACCAGACAGGUGAGCCGGGAUGGUGAGGAGAGGAGGAUGGUGUGCCGCUCCUCAUCCCCUCUCAAUAUAGAGAUGGCUAUUGAUACAGUGCCCCACCCCCACCCA